AUGCAGAUUCUUCUUACAUAUCUGGAAAGCGACAAAAAUGUGACUUACCUUUAAAAUGAAGGAACUGUCUUACUUUACAUUUGAUGAUUGCUUUUUCAUCUCUUGUUUAUCACACUUUCGACACUAAACAGAGUGAUCAGCAAACUAAUUUAUUACUUAUACUUUUAAGAGGCAAAAUCCAUAUGAUCAUGAUUUAAAUUCACCUGUGAGAACAAUACUCCACAGGAAUCGUUUGUGGGGUUGACUAAGCAAGGCUUUAAGUUGCAAUUGUUUUGGUUGCCAUGGCAAUUGACACUAGCCAGCUGUAACAUUCUUUACAAGAGAAAAAUGCAAUCCUUAUGGUCAGCUGUCUAGUUGUGUUUGUGUAAUUUUGCCAUUCGUUUAUUGACAUCUAACAGGAUGUGUUGAGGAAAUUGAUCAGGAGUCCCAAGGCAAAAGGCAUUCACCUCAAAAAGCGAGGGGCUGGUUUUACUGGUAUAACUCACUUGUCUAUUUUUUUUUAAACAUGCCCUAGUGUUAUCAACAAACUGCAUCCUUUUUGUACUGAGCAGGUACGAAACAUUUUAAAAAAAUCAAUGUACCAAUAUUUUUUUUGGACUUUUUUCAAAUAUAGAGGAACACAAUUCCUGGACAAUGUAAUAAUUAAUGAAAUUAAUAUACCAAUUUUUUUUUUUGGGACUUUUUUUGAAUAUCAAGGAACACAAUUCCUGGACAAUGUAAUAUGUCACAGUCAUGAACUUUUAAAGUGAAUGCUCUUAAAUAGGGGUAUUUCCAUUUUCUUACAGACCUUGCUAGGGAUCCAGACCAGUUUGCAUCAAAUGCAGCUUCUUCUUACAUACCUGGAAAGCGACACAAAGGUGACUUACUUUUAAAAUAAAGGAACUGUCUUACUUUACAUUUGAUGGAAAUCUGUGGAUUUUAUUUCAUGUUAAUUGUCAUCCAGAUUGCUUUUACAUCUGUUCCAGGGAAAUGUUUAUCUCACUUUAGACACUUUUGUUACAAGGUGAUCAGCAAACUAAUUAAUUACUUUACAAUUUUAAGGGGCAAAAUCCACAUGAAGAUGAUUUAAAUUCACCUGUCAGGGGACACUACUCCACAGGACAUAUUUGUGGUGUUAGCCAAGCAAGGCUCUAAGUUGCAACUAUUCUGGUUGCCAUGGCAAUCACCAAUUUUGGCCAUUGAUUAUCUUGUGUUUGCUGGUCAUGCAUGGCAUGACACUAGCCAGCUGUUACAUUAUUUAAAAUAGAGAUAAACAACUUUUCAUAAUACAAUCCUUAUUGAAGUACUAGGUUUACAAUAGCCACAUGGUACUAUUAUCUCAAAGACAUUAAGUGGUAUGGUCAGCAGUCUAGUUGCAUCCAGUCAGCCAUCCAAUGGUGGCUCCUAAAAGAGCUGUUUCUUUGAAGUGAGAGCACAAUUAUGUUACUGUAGGUUUUUAAUCUUCCAUCUUGAACUUGUUGACAAUUUCAUCUUCUGCUUCAUUGUCUCGGGCUUCAGGUAUGCUGUCCAUCUUAUCAGCACAAAGGACAUCAUCUUCUGUUCCAAUCAGUUAUACCCCCACUAGCUGUCACACAUAAAAUUAAAUCUAAUCAGUUUGAUUCAACAAAUUAUACUUGAUAAUAUGAGGAAUGUGUGCAUGGAUAUGUAUUUGUAUACUUUUAAAAUCGACCUCCUCUCGGGAUAAAUACAAACAAUCUAGUCCCAAACUUUGUAGAUAAACACAGGCUGUAAAAACCCUAACUGGCAGGAGGCAUACAAAGCACAGCCAAGGAGUUGAAUUCAGGGAACCAUUUAAGAACAAUCCAGUGAGUGGCAGGGUGGUGGGCUUGUUCACAGGACCACCAGACUACAAAUCCUGUGUCCUAACCACUUGUCUACCCUGUCUCCACAAUAUCUGAUGGAAAAUCUUUGGCAUGACAAAAAAAAAAAAAGUCCUCUUUUCCCCCUUUAAAAAAAUUCUUGGCAAUGAAUGAUUCUAAAAUUGUUCCUGAGUCACAAUUUUAAAGCUGUUAAUCUUGAAAUAAUUAACUCUAUUUGUUUUUAUAUUCAAGAAGGAGUAGUAAGUAAUGAUGACCUUCAAACACUUGGCAAAGCUAUUGGUGUCAAGUGGGAUCGACUGGCACGUCGACUACCUGGAAUUACAGAAGAUGACAUAGAAGAAAUUGAAGACAGCCAUAGGACUUUGUCUCAAAGGGGAUUUCAUAUGCUGAAACUGUGGAAAACAAACAAUGGGGAAGCUGCAGACUAUAAGACUUUACAUGAUGCAUUAGUCCACAGUAUGGUACAGCGGAAAGACUUAGCACAAAAGUAUUGUUUUGAAUAA